ACUCUUUAAUUCAUUUCAAAUACAUAUAUCACUAUGGUUUUCUCUCUAUGUGUGAGAGCUUGGACGAGCGGGAAGAUCGGCGGAGGGCAUAUGCAAAGUUGGUUGCUGCAACAGGGAUUUGGUCAUCUUUGUCGACUGUGGCCGAGCAAGGGCUAUCGUCGAUGGAGGCCCCGUGGGGUUUUUCCCUUGGUAGUUCCUUGUCCUUUGUUUCUUUAGUUCCCUGGUCAGGAGUUCUGGCUGUGGCACAAACCGGCGAUGGAGAUUUGGGUGUUUUUCCUUGUCUGACUGCGUUAAGGUGGAAGGAGACCAUCUUGCUUGUGGCGGCAUGGGUGAUGAGUGGAGGAGUGGCGAACCGGUGUUGCUCAGUUUGGAGGAUGGCUGACGAAGGUGUGGCGGCCGUGGCGGCAGAAGGGGGUUACGGAGGUGAUCGAUGCAUGGCAGUGGAUCUGGGUUGUUAUCCCUAUUGCGACACUCUUGGGUACUGUUUGAUGGGGAAUUGGUUUUCCGAGGGAUCAUGGUUUGCCGGCAAUUCAAGGAUGGGACAGUUCAAAUGGGGAAAGGAUUUUGGUUGCAGAUACUCGAGUGGGAACGUUGGAAAGUGAGUGCGUAGGAAUAGGAGAAGAUGAUUUCUUAACAGAUUUGAUUGCUAGAAUGGUAGCUUGGGCUUUUGGGCUUCUUUAAGUUAAUUAUUUGGUUGUUAUAAAACUCUACGACAAUAGCCUUUUCUGCAGGUUUUUUUUUUUUUUUUACAUAAAGAAUUAUUGGAAAAUAAAGAAUUUUUUUAAAU